CGGGUUCGGUCCCCCAUGACGCAGCCUACUUAAUGCAUACAUGUAGUACUCUUAAACUUUAUUCUACAACUUUAGUCUUGUAGUGGUGUUUUUGCUGCUAAACAGCAUCUUUCAGCGAUGGUUUGUGUUACGUUACGUCAUCACACAAUCGUCAGGGUAAUCUCCACCAAAAAUUCAAAAUGAAGAUUUAUAUGGUAUCUUGAUGUCUAUCUUCCUCUUCAGUCAUGUCCUGAAAGGAAGUCCACCACCAUAGGAGAGCCACAAUUGUCUGACCUGGGAUCGAGCAGUCAGCAAAGAACUUCAACCCCAGCCGCCUCAAUGGAGGAGUCAGGGCUAGGACUAUUAUCGCCACUUCGCUUUGCUGCAGGAACGGCAUUGCUCGUCGCUCUACAGCAAUGGCCGCGGCGAUGGCUGCUUUCUGGUGCCCCAGUUCUUCAAUUCUUUAUUCUCCAUGGAAACUCUCGAGGCCACCGCAUCCUGCCUUUGACCGGUCUAUGGCCGAUGUUUACAACAUUGCAUCUGAUCUACGCCAUUGCCUCGACGUCUUGGCUUCUAUACUGGGUCUUUGCUCUGCUUUGCUACCAGUGCAUAUUUCUCACGUGCCUUUUGCAGUACCAGGUGGUUGGAGAUUUUGUUAGGAAGAAAUCGAGGUUUUUGCUGAAGCAACUACAUUUCAUUGAUGAUAAGAUCGCAUUCUUCAAUAUUCCAGCUUUAGAGAUCGACACGGACGUUGAUGGACUUAUGGUUUUGCGAGGCAUCACGUUUUCACUAUCGACCCUGAGUUUUACCGUUCAUGGUGUCGAGGUUGGGAUCAAGCUGUCCGACGAUAUGGAGUUGGCAAUCCAAACAGAGAAGGUUACUGUCUCGCUGUUUAGGAGGAUUGACAUCGGAGACUGCUUUGCGAAUGUGAAAGGUGGUCAAUAUGAAAUGACUUUUGGCUGCAUACCGGGAAAUACGCAUGAUGCACAGGGAAAUGCUAUUUUCGUCGAGGAUACUCCUCUACUUAGAGCUGCAUCUCAAAGUGGGGGCUGGAGAGGGCGUUCUAUAACUAAGAUGACCAAGGACUUGACUAACAACCAUGCGCCGGACGAUGCAUCUAUCGGAUCUGGCUUCGAGUCCAUGGAAAAGUUACCUCUCGACAAUGAAGAAGCCGCGGAACGUUACCGCAAAGUCUUACAAUUUAUCCGAGAGACAAGCUCAGUUCAGGAAUCUCGGGCAUAUAUCCACAAACUUAGCACAACGUCCAACAGGUAUACUGAAAAGGGUUGCGAUAUUAUUGACGCGAAUGCUCUUCGAGCAUCCAUCUGUUCAGAGCUUCACCAAAUGCCAUCUGUUCCCCAUCCACCGAGGAGGUCUAUUAAGGUUACAACCCUACAAAACAGUCUUCCGCCACCCGCCAGGAGAUUCCUGCAUAGACUUCCUUUGCUUUUACGUUCCCUUCUCAAUAUUUUAAGUUACUUUCACCCUGUCACAAUUUCGUCCAUCACCGCAACCGCUUCAGGGAGGUGGAUUAGUGCGAUGCUCGAAAAGGAGAUAUUCCAAGGCUAUUGGGAACAUGACAACGAAAUUAGAAAUCUUAAAGAGCGCAUUUCCCUCUGGCUCACCGACGCGAAUUUCACCGUCGAACUCGGCAGCUUCACUGGGCUGGCUCAGGUCCCUAUUAUGUCGUCCUAUGACAUUAUAUGUCAGCUAGAUUUCAAGGACCUCAUGGCCUAUCGCACAUUACCAAGAGAGGCGAAUCUGAAUCGAGUCAUUCAACUCGGAGGUGCAGAUGCUACGUUCAACGUUCCAUCGUUCUUACUUCCACAUCACGAGCAUAUUAUACCCCCUAUUUCGUCAAAUAAAGAGAGGUAUGACUUAAAAACAAACAUCGAUUACGCAAGUAGCAAGCCGAAAAGGGUCCAGGGAGAAUAUGAUCUCGAACAAGCCCACAGAGAUGAGGCGAACGUUAAGCUUUCUGCGCGCGUCCGCUUACCUGCAGUCUUUGAUCAAGAGCUGCUCGACUGCAUUGCAGCGCUGGUGAAGGUUACCAAAGUAAUUGAAAUGGAAAGUGAGCGUACUGGGAUGGACAACGAGGUGUCAGGACUAAAAGACUUCACGAAGGCUCUGAAUAGGUCUGCGAAAGAGGGCUUCAAGAAGGCAGUAGUGAGUGGGGUGGUUAACGAUCGGUGGAUAGCAAGAUUGGUGGGGAAGAUUACAAAGAAGCUGGAGACUGCCCACGGUGAUGUGGGCUAUUCGACUGGUAUUCCUGUAGCGCUGGGAAGCUAUAGGAAACCAUACUUAGAAACAGAAGGAGACAAGUUAUUGCCAUAGAGAGCCUAUCUCGUAGUGGCGUUUGGGCUGAUGAAUUCAGUGGAGUAUGGCGCUGCUUUAUGUCACCAGCCGUGUAUCGCACCUGGUGAAGUUCUUCAUCGCGGAGGUAGUAAGAUGGCUCUAACUGGCCACUGGUAAAAGUGGGUCUGGUGCUGGAUAAUCCCUGCACGUACAGCAUUAACAGACCUGUCAGCACAACCAACGAGUAGAGAGUUGGAUGAGGAUGGGCCACGUCACCUUGGGAGACCA